AAUAUUAAAAAUAAAUUUGAACCGAACGGUUGUUGGGCGCGCGUGAACGAAAAUUCAAAUAAAAGUCUAAAGUUCGCUAAAAUAUGCACGUAUAGCGCGGUUUGUGUUUGUUUAACAAAUGAACAACAACCAGCUAGAAACUAAAAUUGAGUUUCGUGAUUAACAAUUGAGUAGCAAUGAAACAACAAAAUAGUGACGAAUUUCGCUUCGAAUUCUAAACAAAAAUAUCACCCACAAAGUGUAGAAAAAAAAAAAUAAUUCAAAUCCGCAAGAAAUGUGCCAAUAGAAAAGCAAUUAAAACAGCCGUUUUUGCAAUUUCGUUAAAAAUGCUCUCGAGCACGGUACGUGACUUCUCCGCCAGCUGAUUUUCUCGCCCGUUCCCGCUGUGUCUGUAAUGAGGAGAAAAGUCCAACACAAGUAGUACAAAGAAAAGUUCAAGUGAAAGCAGAAAGCAGAAAGCGAUACAGAAAGUACUGCAAAGCAAACAAGAGAAACAGGGGAACCAACUCAAGUGAAAGAAGGAAGAAUAUAGCAAAGUGCACGAUGGCGCCCAUUCAGGUGCCCCCGGUAUGGUCGAGGCAGUCGCUGGCAUCUGCUGAGCUACGCCGCCCCACCCCGGUGGCCGUGGCCAGUCGCGCCUGCCGCAAUUUGUUUGGGACCGAUGCGAACGAGGUUGGCGUCGACAUCAACAAGAGGCUGGCCUAUGUGACUGAAGAAGGGCGGAAACGCGUCCACCGGCAAUACGGCGUGGAUAUUGUGGCCGAGGAUAGGCGCGAGCAGGAGCUGAACCGGGCGCACAGGCUCUUGUCCAAGUGUCAGGCGAAGCCCUUGGAGCCCUUUCCAGCGGGGGUGGCACUGACGCCCAGCCAGAUUGCAACCACAGCCAAGCUGAUAAUCACCAGCUGCGCUGAACGCACCAACCUGACCAGAUCACACGGACAGAAGCCGUACGGACGUCCUCCUCAAGGGAUUAAAGAAUUUUACCGCGAGCGCAAGGCCCCCAAAGUAAUUUCGAAUGUGCCAAAAUGCAACACAAAUAAGAGUUACGUCAGCAGUAGCAGCAGCAACAACAACAACAACUGUCCCAACAACAACAACAAUAGCUGUCACCCUCGGGCUGUGGAUAGUGGUAAUAGAGAAAUCGGGACGAUUGUGAAGAAAGACGAGUAGGACGAGUCGUGCAGCCGCAGGAGCAGCCGCAAAAACCAUUGCAAUAUAUUAUAUUUAUUGUGAACGUAAUUUUAAUGUUUUAAAAGUGAUUUGUUUUUUUUUUUAUAUUUACGUAUGCAUAAAGCUUUUAUGUAUAUACUUGUUUAAACAAAGACUUGACGAUCCCAAAAUGUUGUCCAACAAAAAAAGCGCGCCAAAUCGAAAAGCGCUCAAAAGCAGACGAAAAGCGAAAAACAACACAAAAAGAUCAACCGCGCGUGCAGCACAGCAGCCGAAACGUACGCGAAAAUACCCGGAUGCAUAGCGAUAGAUAUAAAAAACUAUUGAAAUUAUGAUGAUGAUAUAUAUAUGUAUUUAUAUUUAUAUAGAGAUAUUUAUAUCCGUGCAUUAGCAUACGUAAAUUAUAGCAAAACGAAAGACUUCAAUUGGUAGCAGCACUUUUAUGAUAGAUUAAAUUUUAAUUAGGAAAUUGCAUCUGUACGAUCUCUUGCUAUGCAUCCAUUAGAUACUAGAUAAGCCCCCCCCUGAACCCAAACACACUCACAAAGCCCCUCCCCCACCUUCCCAAAAAAAAAUUCAAGCGUUCUCAGCGUGUUUCGGGGCACUGAUGCACGCGUGUGCCAGAAGUAUUUGAAAUGUACUUUGUGUCAUGAUCUCAAUUAUUAAAAUGUAAUUAUAACAGAAAUUAUUUAAACAAAUCCCUCUUUAAGCUCUUACACACACACGCACACAGUUUGAUUUGAUUGUGUUGUGUGUCCUAUGCCCCAUUUGUGACAAAUUUUUAUCUCUACAUUCUAUCAUCCAUGUACGAGUCUGUAUGUAUGUAUAUUAUUUCUGCAAAAUUAUUUCCCUAAGCUUUCGACUCCUCCUCCAAAUAUGUUAUUUUGAACAACCAACCUGUGUAUAUUGUAUGGGACUUUGACUCCCAAGCAGC